GUAAAAUCGCAAAGACGAAGAAGAAAGAGGACAACAAACAUGGCGGAAAGAGAAGUGGGUGAAACCGGUGACACCCGUAUCGCUUGCGACUCAACGUAUAAUAGUGAUGGUCCAGGGGAUGCUGUGACCCCGACAUCACCUGAAGAUGAAAGCUCGGAAAGUCCUGCAUCUCAGCAGGCCCAGGACCUCAAAAGCGUCCUGGUCACCAGCGUUUUAAACCUAGAAAAGCUCGACGUAGACCUGUACAGGGGAAGGCACCACUGGGUGCCCCGCAGUCAGCGUUUGUUUGGGGGUCAAAUAAUCGGUCAGGCCCUUGUCGCUGCUGCCAAAUCUGUCAGCGAUAAUCUCUAUGCCCAUUCUCUCCACUGCUACUUUGUACGAGCAGGAGAUCCUAAGGUCCCAGUGCUGUACCAGGUGGAGCGCACCAGAGAUGGUCGCAGUUUCACAGUACGCUCUGUGAAGGCCAUCCAGCAUGGACAGCCUAUACUCAUCUGCCAAGCGUCCUUCCACAUGCUGCAGCCGAGUCCCCUGCAGCACCAGUUCACCAUGCCGGUGGUCCCUAAGCCUGAAGACCUCCUCACUGUAGAGGAACUCAUUCAUCUUUAUCUCAGUAAACCAGACAUAGGAGAGAAAUCAAAACAAGGCCUUAACAAACUGCUGGCUAAUGAGGUCCCCAUUGAGAUAAAGCCAAUCAACCCACCACACUUUUACAGACUGGGUGCAAGAGAGCCGAAGAUGCUGUUCUGGGUGCGAGCACGAGGAUAUAUUGGCGAAGGCAACAUGAAGCUGCAUUGCUGCGUUGCUGCUUAUGUAUCAGACUUUGCAUUCCUGGGCACAGCGCUGCUGCCUUAUCCCAGCUACAGGGCCCAGUUCGCAGCCUCCCUGGACCACGCCAUGUGGUUCCACAGCACUUUCCGCAGCGAUGAGUGGAUGUUGUAUGAGUGUGAGAGCCCAUGGGCAGGGGGCAGCAGGGGACUGGUUCAAGGCCGGCUGUGGAGAAGAGACGGGGUGCUGGCUGCCUCCUGUUCCCAGGAGGGGGUCCUGAGAGUGAAACCAGUCACAGAGCCCAGCAAACUAUAAGCACAUUUAUAAGAUUUCUUAUUGUUUUGAUUUUUAAAAACACAAUAUUUUAAUAUAAUAAUAAAUUGUUUUAUUUUUUUUUUAAAAAGAAGCUAAAUAUAAUUUAUUUCCAGUCAAAAAAUGAAAAGGUUAUAAUAUAUGAAUGCCUCCCAUUUAGUUAGAUGAGAUGUGUUAACAAGUUUCUCCAAAGGUCCAAAGGUUACACAAAAUGUAUUCCAUCACUUUGCAUAUUAAUCAUGCUCAUAUGUCAUUUCACUAGGAUUGUACCUUAUACAAUUUGAUGCAACUAAUAAAAAACUGAUUGAUGUAAUCAUGUGUUGUCAUGACCAAAUCCUACUGCAAGGACUUGGAUGUAAUUAUUGAGGUGCCUACCAUGAAGAAAAAUACAAAGCAUGGCCAUUUUGUAUGAUCACACUUUUGGGCAUCAAACAAAUAUAUGGUCAACAACAAAAGCAAAUAAUAGAACAACUGGCUUGGAUAAGUUGUGAAAAGAGUUGACCAAAGAUUGUAGAAACUUGGCCAACAUUUUUCAUUUGCAUGCCUGUCUAGUACAUGUAAUUACCAGUAGCUGUCCCAUAGGUUUUAGAUUAUAUUUUUUAAAUAAACAACUAUUUAUGCAUACAUA